AUGAAUAUUUACUUGAGCAUUUCAAUUAAUUUGCUAAUUGGAUGUGAUGCUACAACCAGCAUAUUAUUGGCAGAUUAAGGGAUCACCUAAACAUUAGCAGCAAUAAGAUUCUCAAUAGCUUUGGUCAGUGUGAUAUGUCAUUUUUUAAUCCACUACAAAAUUAGGGUUUCCCUCCUUACCCUCUGUUUGUAACUGUUAUAUCAAGUAUAAUUGGCUUCAGAAAUUAGGUAAGCCUUUUCAAGCUUAGAUCCUUAUCACUUUUACAUAUAUUUGCUAUUGCUGUAUUAAGAACAAUCAACACAACAACACAAAUAUUUACAAUAUUCCUCAAUAGUGUAUUGUAUGGUAGAGAUUCAACUCAAUAACACCUUCAUACAUCAGUAUAUUAUCACAACCUUAAUCUCGAUAUUAAUAAUCCUGAUAAAACUGGUGAAUUUACAAUAAUUAAGACACAAGCAUGCUACAUCACAUGAAGUUUUAUAUUCUUAUUCUACAGUACCAGCAGAGUAGAUCAUGUCAAAUAGGAAAAUUGAUCUCAUACAAAAAGAUGAGUUAAUUUACAUUACGAAUCACAUUAAAUAAGGAAUAAUAUAUUUUUCAACUAACUUGGAUAUAUUGUACAUCAAUGAUAAGGCAUCCAAGAUAUUGAUGGCUUAGACUGAUGAUUAAGCCAUGCUGUAGUUGUAAAAAAUGAUAUUACAGGGUUUGGAGUAGGAAGAGUCAUUGACAAAGUUGCACAAAGAAAUCAAGUGUCGUGCCUCACAAAAGCAAUUACCCUAAAAAGCAGACGGUAAAAUGAUUGAAUCAUUGAUUGCCUCUGCUGAAAAGCAUCUAAAACGAUGCUAAUCCCUCAGUGAGAAGAUACUAGAAUAGUAAUUCUAAUAUAAGAAACAAAAAAAAAAAAAUUACUUAUCCAAACAUGAUUUUAAAUAGUUGCUUUUAUCACUUUUUAGUGAAUCACAAACUUCAUCUCUUUUAGAACACAGGAGUUUUGUUAAAGCAAACAAAUUAACAGUUAAUUUCAGCACAAACAAUCAUGAAAAAACCAUCGAAGUAACCUUCUGUAAAUUGAUAAACCUACUCAACUAAAAUUGCUAUUUAACACUAUUUUAAGAUGUCAGUGAAAUAGAGAAAUAAUAAUAGUUUGUCUAGAAAUACAAAUUCUAAACCUUAUAUUUUAAUUCAUUUUCUCAUGAAUUAAGAACUCCUCUGAAUUGUUCACUAAACUUAUUAUAAGCCUUAAAACAUCAACCAAUUUAAGAAAAUCUAAUUCAAUAAUAUAUUAAUCCAUCAAUUGUUUCUAAUAAAUUACUUAUGCAUUAAAUUAAUGAUAUCUUAGAUUAUGCUUCCCUUGGUUUAGGCACAUUUCAUUUAAAUAUGCAAGAAUUUCUGAUUAAGGACGUAUACAAUCAAUUAGAGGAAUAUUAUUAAGACAUAUGUUAAAGUAAAGGGAUUAAAUUAAAUUUCCAAAUUGCAGAUGGUCUGGAAAAUAUCAAAAUUAAUAAUGACCCUGAAAGAAUACUUCAAUUAUUAGUCAAUUUUAUUAAUAAUUCAUUAAAAUUUACUGAAUUAGAUGAUACAAUUUCGAUUACAGCCAAGAAAAAAUAGAAGCCUUCAGGAUUGAUUAAUUUCAUUAAAUUUAUUGUUCAUGACACUGGCAAAGGAAUCUCUAAGGUAGAUCUAGAGGCAAUCAAUAAUAUCGUUAAUGCAAGUGUUGAUGAUAGUAUCUUCUAUUAGUUGAGAAAUUUCACAACCAAAUAUGUAGGACUAGGGUUUUCAAUUGGAAUGAAAAUGAAUCACGAAUUGUCUUAUUCCAAAAAGUCAUAUUUCAAAAUUAGAAGCAAAGAAGGCGAAUAUACUAAAAUUAGUUUUAGAAUUAAUAACCAGAUGCAUUCCAGUUCCAGAUCUCUCAAAGGAUCUACUAUAAGAUUUGAUGAGAUUCCUGAAUCAGGAAAUUUGUAUGAUGAAAGAAUCACCGUUGAAGAUCAUUAAAUGCCUCUAUGGAACUAAACCUUCUUUACUUAAAGAUAGCAUUAAAAUGAUUAGAAUCCUCCAAUUCUUAUUUGUGAUGAUGUGCCUUUCAAUUUGUUGUCUCUAAAUUUAUUAAUUAAGAACCUAGGAUUUGAAAGUGAAAUGGCGUAUGAUGGAUAAGACGCUAUUAAUAGAGUUAAAAAUAGAUAGAAAAUGUAACUAUUGCAAUAUAAAUUGAUUCUAAUGGACAUCGAGAUGCCUGGGUUGAAUGGAUAUUAAACUUCUGUAUAAUUACUAUAGAUUGAUAGUAAAUUGAAUAUAGUGAUGUGUUCUGCCUAUGAUUCUGAAAACAAUCUGCUUAAAGCAUUAGAAAGUGGAAUGAAAGAAAUCUUAAUAAAACCUGUAAAAUUUGAACAAUUAAGGUAACUGAUUUUUAAAUAUAUAAAAUGA